AUGGCUGAUUUGAACCAUCAGCUGACUGCAACUACCGAGGAGAUACAAGCACUAGUCCUCCUUCACUCUCAGUUCCUAUGGCACGGGUCCCAGCAACAACGUCAACAAGUGCGAGAUGAGGUGCGGACAGUGGUCAACAUUACACGUUGUGCGGCACUAUUCCAACCUCUUCCUCAAGACAAUCCGAAUGCGAGCGCGUUGCACCAACCUGGACCAAUAACAGGUGCAGAGGUGGACUCGUGGAACUGGAACUCUUGGAUUGAGAAUGAAAAGCGAACUCGAUUGGCGGCAUACAUUUAUCUUAUCGAUGCUUCUUCCACCAUAUUCUUCAACACACAGCCCAGGUUCGACGCCAAGAGCAUCACAGUCCCUCUGCCGGCCGAUGAUGCAGCCUGGGAAGCGAAGACUUCUGAAGAAUGCGCCAGUGCUCUGGGUCUGAGAGGAUCGUCAGCGCAGAUGAGCAACGAAUCGGGAAGCAGACGCGCAAAACAACUAGCCUUGUGCGAGGCGUUGUGUGUACUCAAUGGGGCCUGUCCAGGAAAAUUUCCUGAGCGGGCUACUAAUGUCUUUGGAAAAUUCAGUAAGUUUUUUCUGUCUGCCGUCGACAACAGCCCUCUAACGUCGUCUCCAGUUCUCAUUCACGCGAUUCAUGCUCAAAUCUACAACAUCCAGCAUCAGCUGCUCCAGCGAGUGUCUUCGAGCGGUACAAGCACACCCCGAUCGCAAGGCGAUAGUCCUGCCACACCACCAAAUGGCGUCAAUGAGCAAAUCCAAAAUAAGCUCCGUUCGACGGUCGGCGCUCUUUCGCUAUGGAAGGCUUGCUGGGACAAGGACCUUGCUAUCCAGUUCACACAGAACCAGCGUCGACGUGGAUUCUGCCGAGACGGCAUCCACUUUUACUUCCUAGCUCAAGCGUUCUUGCGGCAGUCUCGACCAGACGACUGGGCCGCUCCUGCUGAUGUUCGGUGCCGGCAUGUGUUCAAUCUCCUGAAACAGAUCAGACAUUACGUUGCAUCAGACUCCGCCCAGAAAGGCAUCGAGAUCGGCUCCAUGGUUGCCAUCGCUGACGACUACGCCAUCGCUGACUUGACGCUAAACAUGAAACGUCUUUUCACGCCUCUCGACGAAAUCUGA